UCUCCUGACUCCCCCUCCCCCGUGUCCCUCCCCCCUCUUCCUCUCCUCCUUCUAUCCCCUCUCCCUCCCCUCCUCCCCGGCUCUCCCUCUCAGUCUCCAGCUUCUCUCUCUCUCUCUCUCUCUCUCUCUCUCUCUCUCUCUGUCUCUCUCUUUCCCUCUCUGUCGGGCGGAGGCGCCCACCACCGCCAGCCCAGUGCUAGGGGGACCUAGUCCAGGCUGUAGCUGCAGGACCCGACACCCUCCAUGGCUCCCCUGGCCUUAGUGGGGUUUGCACUCCUCCUGGGGACAGCCCUGUGCUCGGGGGCGGCCACCCCCACCCCCUCCCUGCCACCUCCCCCGGCCAAUGACAGCGAUGCCAGCACAGGGGGCUGCCAGGGCUCCAACCGUUGCCAGCCGGGGGUCCUGCUGCCCGUUUGGGAGCCUGAUGACCCGUCGCUGGGUGACAAAGCGGCGCGGGCCGUGGUCUACUUCGUGGCCAUGGUGUACAUGUUCCUGGGCGUGUCCAUCAUCGCCGACCGCUUCAUGGCGUCCAUCGAGGUCAUCACGUCCAAGGAGAAGGAGAUCACCAUCACCAAGGCCAACGGCGAGACCAGCGUGGGCACCGUCCGCAUCUGGAACGAGACCGUGUCCAACCUCACGCUCAUGGCCCUAGGCUCCUCAGCCCCCGAGAUCCUGCUGUCUGUCAUCGAGGUCUGUGGCCACAAUUUCCAGGCGGGCGAGCUGGGCCCAGGCACCAUCGUGGGCAGCGCCGCCUUCAACAUGUUUGUGGUCAUUGCCGUGUGCAUCUACGUCAUCCCAGCCGGCGAGAGCCGCAAGAUCAAGCACUUGAGAGUCUUCUUCGUCACUGCCUCUUGGAGUAUCUUCGCCUACGUCUGGCUUUAUCUCAUCCUUGCCGUCUUUUCCCCCGGCGUGGUCCAGGUGUGGGAGGCGCUGCUGACCCUCGUCUUCUUCCCGGUGUGCGUGGUGUUCGCCUGGAUGGCCGACAAGCGGCUGCUCUUCUACAAGUACGUGUACAAGCGCUACCGCACCGACCCGCGCAGCGGCAUCAUCAUCGGCGCCGAGGGCGACCCCCCCAAGAGCAUCGAGCUGGACGGCACGUUCGUGGGCGCCGAGGUGCCGGGCGAGCCGGGCGGCCUGGGCCCCGGCCCCGCCGAGGCCCGCGAGCUGGACGCCAGCCGCCGCGAGGUCAUCCAGAUCCUCAAGGACCUGAAGCAGAAGCACCCGGACAAGGACCUGGAGCAGCUGGUGGGCAUCGCCAACUACUACGCGCUGCUGCACCAGCAGAAGAGCCGCGCCUUCUACCGCAUCCAGGCCACGCGGCUGAUGACGGGCGCCGGCAACGUGCUGCGGCGACACGCGGCGGACGCCUCGCGCCGCGCCUCCCCGGCCGACGGCCCCGGCGAGGACGAGGACGACGGCGCCAGCCGCAUCUUCUUCGAGCCCAGCCUCUACCACUGCCUGGAGAACUGUGGCUCCGUGCUGCUGUCCGUCACCUGCCAGGGCGGGGAGGGCAACAGCACCUUCUACGUGGACUACCGCACCGAGGACGGCUCCGCCAAGGCCGGCUCCGACUACGAGUACAGCGAGGGCACGCUGGUGUUCAAGCCGGGCGAGACACAGAAGGAGCUGCGCAUCGGCAUCAUCGACGACGACAUCUUCGAGGAGGACGAACACUUCUUCGUGCGGCUGCUGAACCUGCGCGUGGGCGACGCGCAGGGCAUGUUCGAGCCCGACGGCGGCGGGCGGCCGAAGGGACGGCUGGUGGCGCCACUGCUGGCCACCGUCACCAUCCUGGACGACGACCACGCGGGCAUCUUCUCCUUCCAGGACCGCCUGCUGCACGUGAGCGAGUGCAUGGGCACCGUGGACGUGCGCGUCGUGCGCAGCUCGGGCGCGCGGGGCACCGUGCGCCUUCCGUACCGCACCGUGGACGGCACGGCGCGCGGCGGCGGCGUGCACUACGAGGACGCGUGCGGCGAGCUCGAGUUCGGCGACGACGAGACCAUGAAAACUCUUCAGGUGAAGAUAGUUGAUGACGAGGAAUAUGAGAAAAAGGAUAAUUUCUUCAUCGAGCUGGGCCAGCCACAGUGGCUUAAGCGAGGGAUUUCAGCUCUGCUGCUCAAUCAAGGGGAUGGGGACAGGAAGCUGACAGCCGAGGAGGAGGAGGCUCGGAGGAUAGCAGAGAUGGGCAAACCAGUUCUUGGGGAAAACCGCCGACUGGAGGUCAUCAUCGAGGAGUCAUAUGAUUUUAAGAACACGGUGGAUAAGCUCAUCAAGAAAACCAACUUGGCCUUGGUGAUUGGGACCCAUUCAUGGAGGGAACAGUUUUUAGAGGCAGUUACAGUGAGCGCAGGGGACGAGGAGGAGGAGGAGGACGGGUCCCGGGAGGAACGGCUGCCUUCCUGCUUUGACUACGUCAUGCACUUCCUGACGGUGUUCUGGAAGGUGCUCUUUGCCUGCGUGCCCCCCACGGAGUACUGCCACGGCUGGGCCUGCUUCGGCGUCUGCAUCCUGGUCAUCGGCCUGCUCACCGCCCUCAUCGGGGACCUUGCCUCGCACUUUGGCUGCACCGUCGGCCUCAAGGACUCUGUGAACGCCGUAGUCUUCGUGGCCCUGGGCACUUCCAUCCCUGACACGUUCGCCAGCAAGGUGGCGGCGCUGCAGGACCAGUGCGCGGACGCGUCCAUCGGCAACGUGACGGGCUCCAACGCGGUGAACGUGUUCCUGGGCCUGGGCGUGGCCUGGUCGGUGGCCGCCGUGUACUGGGCGGUGCAGGGCCGCCCGUUCGAGGUGCGCACCGGCACGCUGGCCUUCUCCGUCACUCUCUUCACCGUCUUCGCCUUCGUGGGCAUCGCCGUGCUGCUGUACCGGCGCCGGCCGCACAUCGGCGGCGAGCUGGGCGGCCCGCGGGGCCCCAAGCUCGCCACCACGGCGCUCUUCCUGGGCCUCUGGUUCCUGUACAUCCUCUUCGCCAGCCUCGAGGCUUACUGCCACAUCCGGGGCUUCUAGGCCCCCCUCCUC